UGUUCGAGGGGCUGGUCGUCGAGGUCCGAUGCGUCACGUUUAUUUGGGCCUUCUGCAUCCCACUGGCAGGGAAGCGGCCGAUUUUUUUUUCUCCCUGCCUUAAAACGUCCUGUAUAUAUUUAUUCCAAGCGUGGAUCUUCGGGAAAACAAGGUAUCGAAGGGAAAACGCGACGGAAAGUAUGCAUUUGGAGACAAUUCUUUGCCGUUUACUGGAGAAAAUUUCAGACACCCCCUUGGAUUGGCAUUUAAUGUAAAAAAUCACCUUUUUGAACACUCAAACCAUGAGCAAGUUUACCCAAAAGUAUUGAACCUCUCUACAAGACUGUUCGUUUCAUUUGUUACCCUUCCAAUGAACUGACCAUCACUUGUUCGAACAUUUUUGUGCAAUCAGAUCCCAAAGUGCUGAUCCCUGAAAGCUGAAUUUAUACAUGUACAGUGGAAGAAUGACAGAAGCAUGGCAACAGCAACAUGCAGUGGCCCCUCCUCCCGUUGGGCACCCCCUUCUACAAGGGGCAGAGAAUGCCUUGGGCAGUGCUGCAUAUGGCAUUGUCCUACAGGCAGACCCUGCUUUACAGCAGUCUCAGCACAGCCAGCAUGCACAGCAGCACCCGUUGCCAGCUCAGCAGCCUCAGCUGCAGGUGGGAGGUGAAGGUGGCCACAAAUGCGGUGCGUGUGGCCAUGAUAUUUCGCACUUGGCCAAUCCCCAUGAGCACCAGUGCAUGGUUAACCAGGACCGUUCUUUCCAGUGCACCCAGUGCAUGAAGAUCUUCAACCAAGCAACGGAUCUUCUAGAGCAUCAGUGUGUCCAGGUUGAGCAGAAGCCAUUUGUGUGUGGUGUGUGCAAAAUGGGAUUCUCCCUUCUCACGUCUUUGGCACAACAUCAUAAUGAGCACACCAAUGGAAACAGUCCAAUGAAGUGCUCUAUUUGUGAAAAAACAUACCGCCCAGACUCCUCCUCUUCUAACCCUCAGCAACCCUCUACUGCUGAGACAUCCAGUGAUGGGGCAGCCAUGGGUUCCUCUUCCUCUACAGCUUUCCAGGGCUCUGACCGUCCAUAUAAGUGCUCCGUGUGCAAUAAGGCAUUUCGUCACCUUUCGGAACUCUCACGGCAUGAAAGAGUGCACACGGGCGAGAAGCCCUACAAGUGCGACACUUGUGAGAAGACCUUUAGUCAAGCUUCUCAUCUGGCGCACCACCAGCGCACUCACAGUGCAGAUCGCCCGUAUAAAUGUGCCGUUUGCGAGAAGACCUUCAAGCACAGGCAGCACCUGGUACGGCACAUGUACGCUCACUCUGGCGAGCACCUUUUCAAGUGCAACCUGUGCGAGCUUCAUUUCAAGGAGUCUUCCGAACUGCUACACCACCAGUGCCAGCCAGCUGGAGAGCGUCCCUUCCGCUGCGCAGCAUGUGGGAAAAGCUUCAAACGGCCCUCGGACCUGAGGCAGCAUGAGCGUACCCACUCUGAAGAGCGGCCUUUCCAGUGUGAGGAGUGUCAGAUGAGCUUCAAGCAGCAGUACGCACUUGUUCGCCACCGCCGUACGCACAAAAACCCAGCAGAUCGCCCAUUCAAGUGCAAUCAGUGUGACAAAGGUUUCCUGCAACCUUCCCACCUGCUGUACCACCAGCAUGUCCAUGGCAUCGAGAGUCUGUUCAAAUGUGCCGCUUGCCAAAAGGGCUUCAGACAAUCCGGGGAACUACUAAGGCACAAGUGUACAGAAUCGAACUCUGGAUCGAAUGCUGUGGAGAAGCCGUACAAGUGUGACGUGUGUGGGAAGGGCUACAAAAAGUCGUCAACAUUACAGAGGCACCAGAACUCCCAUUGCACCGAAAAGCCACUGAAGUGCUCGCUCUGCGGCCGCCGCUUCCAGUCCUCAUCUGAUUUUGUGCAGCACCGUUGUGACCCUGCUCGGGAGAAGCCGAUGAAAUGUGCGGACUGCGAGAGGCGCUUUAAGUAUUCAUCCGAGUUGCAGAGACAUCGAAGAGUCCAUACAGGAGAGAAACCCUUCAAGUGUCCCACCUGUGACAAGGGAUUCAAACAGCGCGAACACUUGGCUAAACAUGGCAUUGUCCACUCCCGUGAAGCCCAGUUCAAAUGUGUCUGGUGUGGAGAGUGUUUUGGAGAGCUUGGGGCCCUUCAAGAACAUACAGUUCAACACACUGCAGAAGGAGGGGGCUAUCCUGCGUCUUCAUGCAUAGAGUAGUUACUGUCUGCUGUUGCUCCUUAUCGAGUGUAAAUACACUCUGCUCGCAUUAGCAACACUGCAAUUUACUUGCAUAUAUUUAGAGAAAUUGCAAAUUGUAUAUAUCCCACAAGCAUUGCAGUAGUUGUUGGACUGGUAAGGAACUACAUAAAGUGUCAGCUUGUAAAAGUCUUGAUGUACCUCUGGGUAGAUAUUGGCAACAUUGCGUUUACUCCACAGAUAGAAACUUGCCUCGGUUCUGCACCAGCCACACAGACGAACAUAGCCACACGCAUAAAUGGUUGCUACUCAAAAAUAAGCUUGUAAAAAAUGAACAACUUUGUCUCAUGUGCAACUCCUUCUGCUUAAGACUGGUGUCUCCAACAAAGAUAAAGCUGAUCCGUUUUACAAGCAACUAAAGAUUUAGUUUUAAGUUUAGUUUAGUGCUUUUAUAUCUAAAAUUCAGUAUAUCUAAAACAAGAAAAAAAUGCAGUAGUACAGCUAUCAGUGACAGCUUUUCCAGAAUUACAUAAAUUGGUAUGCAAGAUGUUAACAACCUGGAUUUGCUUUUUGGUCUUUAUACGAUUGACCACAACUAGAUGUUUCAUUGCAUUGGUUUUGUUUAUUAUUAUUAUUUUUUCUAAUUAUUUGGCCUUGUAACUUUUAAAUUAACUGCCUUUCUUCCAGUAUCUCCAUCUCAUGCUUCCAUGUUAGCUAUGGAACUUGAACACUGUAUGGUCAUCUGGACAAUAUACACUAGUGAUUGUAUGUAUUCGUAAUGUAUAACUCCCAUCACCUAACCCAUACUGUAACAGGGUAUAUGUAUGCAUGAAUAGCCUAAAUAAUUUAUACAGUUUGUUGUAAUCUGUCAUUAACUUGUAGGCAAAGGACUACACAAAAAAAUAUUAGCCAUUCUUUUUCUCUAGAGCAUUUUGACUCAUCUCUAACAAUGACGCAAUAGUUUGCAAGCAGUUCCAAGAGUAAAUUUACAGUAGUACAAAGAUUUACAGUUACUUUUUAACUGCCAGGCAACAGAACAACAAUGCAGUAUUUUUGUUUGCAAAUUGCAAACAGAUGCUGUUGCGUUAGCUAAACAAUGCUGUAGAAUUUGUAAAGUUAUCUGUACAUGGAUGUUUUGUAUCGCUUCGACAUGAGUGCAGUGCUAGGAUUUAGUAUCUGUUUGUGUAUCAUAAUACUGUAGACUGCAUGUGAUUGUUUCCUCUUGUGAGGAUAUGUUGGUUCUGUUUUGGUGGAUUAUUAUUUUGCCACAGACAACUUGUUCUGUUUCUCUGCCACAAAUUCUUUCUUUGCUUUCUGCUUUAGAAACAAAAUGCCAUGAAUCAGUUUGGUAUGUCAUUUUGGGCUUUCCUAAUUGGGUCCGUUAACAGUAGAACCUUUAUUUUGGGUUAAAAUGCUGAGCCACAGAUAGAUGUGUAAAUUGCACAGCAGCUUUUGUAAUUAUAAAAAAUAAACAUUUUA